UGUGCUAAUAUAGCGAGAAAACCACUUCAUUAUCAUUGAAUUCCACGCUGAUUGCGCAGGCUCGAUCCAGAAGCCACCGCAAAAAUUCACACUAUCCCGGACGCGACAACGCAGCGCCUCAAAUAGCCCGCGCCUACCCGCGUGUGCAAAACUGCAACGAUUUUCAGAAGCAGACGAGCACACGCUAUCUACUGACUUCAUAGCUAUUUUUCUACAGCCGUCCGAGCUGACAGUCGCUGUUUGUGUGUGACGACGGAGCGAGCAUGGCCUCGUCACCCUUCUCGUUUUGUCUCGUCCUGACGCUCGUGUUUGUCUGGCGAGUGGAGGGUCAGAACUGUGACAGUACCUCCGCGCUCAGUGAUUCCAGCCACUCAGUCGUGACUGGGAAUGCAGAAGAAGCGAGGGUCGCCGCAUUUUGCCACGUUGCCUGCAUCAACUACUUCUUCCGAUCCAUGAGCGGGAACGGCACCAACGACACCAACAUGGACAACAACACGUCUAUCGACGGCCAAAAUGAUACAGUGGUCGAAGAAGAGUCCACGAUGCCGGGGGUGUAUGUGUUCACACGUUGCCGCGACCUACGAAAGUAUCUGGACUGUCGCAGUGGGUGUAUUGCACAAUCAAACAACAACUGUGGAAAUUGUAGAGGAAGAUGUCAAGACUUGUGCAGAUUUUCUUCCUGUGAAUUUCGCAGGACUUGUGAUUGGAAAUCAGUGUGGUGCUCAAUGUGAUACCAAUGACUGUAAUAAUGGAUGCCAGCGUACUAUUCCUUCAGAUGUUUUAGAAAAGCCAUCGGCACCCCCUGUGCUGACCCCCAUGAGUGAUACAUCGUUGUUUGAUGUCGAUGUACCCAUGGAACUGGAGAUGUUUGAAAAGCCGUCUGUUGUCUUUCAAAUUGAGUAUCGCCCAGGAGUGUUUGUCUACCAUUGGAUGGUUGAUGUCAUCAUGACGUCGUUUACGGAGAUAACAAUUGCAGAUUUCCUUCUUGACCUCACCAGCUUUCCAGCAGAAAGCAGGCUCAAUGUAUCGUUUGCCUAUGCCACUGAAGAAUCAGGCCUCUCCACCUUCUCUGACCCUACUGAAAUACAACUGUCAGGGACAUGUUCUGUCAGUGCAUUGACCGAGACUCAAGUUAGUAUUACCAGCGACCGAGAUACGCGAGCAGGAUUUUUCAAUCACCCUGUGCUGAACGUAACCUGGUGUCCAACUUCAUGUCCUGAGGGAGUGCAGAAUUAUACUGUCACCAGACGCAACUGUGAUGAAGAAGUAUCUGAGACUGUUAAUUCUACCACAUCACGUGUGUUGCUGAGAUCCAAGUCCCCAGGAUUUUUCAUUCGCCCUUGUACAGUGAGAGUAGAGGUGAAAACCUUUCUUGCAAACGGAGGUACACAGCUGGUCUCCAGAACAUUAACAUUAUCAAAUGCUAAUUCAGUGGUCUUCCCUGAGCUAGAGCUUUCAUGUUCAGCUGCUUACGAUAGAGAGGAAGAGAAAUAUGUAUUGGAUUCACAGCUCACAGCUCCAUUCUCACCUGCUACUCUCAGCAAUAUUGAAGUGUUUGUAAUUCGCUGGGAUUCUUUCCUGAAACCACAACAGGUGUCCGUGACCCAACAGCUGUUGCACUUGGUCUAUUUCGUAUAAAUAUACCUGUAAGUGUGAACCAGACAGUGUAUCAUUUCUCGCAACAGUUGGAGCCAUUUAAGAAUCAAUCACGGUUCUACCGAACCUCUGUCGAAGUGUUUUGGAGGGAGGGUAGGGGCUUGCCUGCCCUCUCUAUAAACUGUGAGGUGGAUGGGGUUGAUGCACCUCCACCCCUACCAAUUAGUUUAAUCAACAUUACAAACCGCGAUACUGGACGUGUCACACCAACAGGUGACGGUCGGGACGUGGAAGUAACUCUAAGGUUUAAGUUUGAAAGACCCGAGGUCCUGUUUUCUGAGGCGACUCCCCUGGUCUACGAGGUGUACUUGGGAUUAAACCGUCUUGGACCAACUGGUGAUGAUCAAGUUUCGAAAACGGGGCUCCGUGGAGAUAUACUGCGGACAUUUCCCGCAUCAUUAAAUGAGGACAUGAUAAAGACCUACCUGCGGAUUCGCUCAUACCAGUUUCGUGACUUUCCAAGCGACUGGAGUGACCCGAUGGAAGUCCAGUUCUUAGUUCUUCCGAUACCAGGGCCUGCCAAUGAUCUCGCAGUCCAACUGAGUCAGGUGAAUGUUGAACACCGGGAGCUAGGGGCAUAUAUACUGCUGAGUGGAGACGUUACUUGGACCUGGAGUCGAGCUAACUCAGAGUUACCAGGAGCUGCAGUGUUUGACCACUUCAAUGUUAUAAUCGGACCGGCAUCUUACACACAUAUGAAUAGGACUUUUCCUCUGGAUCAAGCAGAUAUUCUUCUUCCAGACGACUUCAUGUUAGACCUUCCCUUCAGCGUAUCUGUAAGAGUUUCAUGGGAGGAAGAAACACAGACAAGUGAUCCCAGGACACAGACGAAGAGGAUUCGCCCCGUGCCUCCCCCACGAAACAUCAUCAUUACACCUCUGAACCCCAGACUCAUUGCCGAUGGGUCACAGACCAUGCUCUCAGCAGAUGUGGUGGUGCAAUGGGCUAGCCCCGGAUUAGAGGAUCUUGCCAAAUACGAGAUCAAAGUCACAACCGAUCCUAAUGGCCUGGAAGAGUUUGGUGAAUUUUCAAAGUCUCACGACUCUGUUGCUCCUGGUUCCACACAGCUGAUAAAGAACUUCACAGAAGUGGAAGACGAUCCACAGAAUCCUCGGAUAGUUGUGCAGAUGAGAUCAAUGAUGAAAGACUUGGUGAAUGGAGACACAAUCUUUCUCCCACGAUGGAGUGAUCCAGAACCAGUCUCCAUAGAUAUCCUCUCUCCGCCUGCAAUCAGCAGUCAGCUCCUGUCAUAUAGCCUCGUACCCGCUGAAGAGAAAUCUCUGUCAGUACGUCCGUCAACCUUAUCUGGGAAAGGACAGGGGAGGGUGACGAGAUAGAGAGAUACGAAGUCUGGGUGGGCUCCAGGGCCCUUGCAGAGUUUGAGCAGCCAGACAAUGAGGACUUUGGACAGAUCUUCAUAUUUCCGGUUGAUGAUCCAUCUGCCAGCGAUACUAGUACGAACUCUACCAGUGAAAACUCCACUACAAUCGACAACCUGAAUGCUACCAAUGAGACUAAUAUGAGUACUCUUAUAACAGAGGUGGUAUUUGCACAAUUCUUGGAUGAAUCUCCUAGUGGAAAUGUCCACAUUCAGAUUCGAAGUGUCAGCAUGACAAAAAUCCCAAAAUGGAGCACACCAUCACUUACACACCAACGCCAGGCCUCUCUCCCACCUGUGAACAUUAUGGUGGGGACCCCUGACAUCAUUAGGGACGACGUGAAGAAUUUGAUAGACGUGAAAGUUGAGCUCGUGUGGGAGCUACCGAUGAUAGUAGAAGACGAAGGCACAGAAGCUCCCGCUGCCACUAGUUUCGUGCUCGCUUUCCCCUCGUCCUCCUUUGUCAUUAGUCUCAUCCCGUCCCCCUCUCUCUUCCCCUCUCCCUCCCCUUCCCCCAAUGAGAGGAACAAGAGGCAGGUCGAGGGUGGAGAGUCAGAGACUGGUUCUGGUUCCGGACUGGGCAGUGGCGAUGAUACGGUCCCGCCCCAACUGCCAAACAUAACAGCCAUAUGGGCCUACAUGGGAAAGGCUGAACUCGAUACAUAUGCCCCAAGACCAGAAGAGAAUGUACAAGAUUUCAAGCCAGAUGAGACAAGUGGUCCAGUGAGCAUGACUUUCUCCACUCAGGAGAAAGAAAACCUUACACUCUAUGUACAGAUGCAGAUUGAGAGAGAGGGUAGCUUCCCUACCUGGAGUGACCCCAAACGCAUCACAAUUCCCCCAGUUACUCCAGCCACUAAAGGAGUGAGGGUAACGGAAGGAACAGUCCCAACACUCCCCAUAGCUCUCUCAGUUGUGGGAGCUGUUGUUCUAGUACUGAUCAUCGCUAUUGUCAUUGUCAUCUGCUGCAUCUGCUACAACAAGAGGCAGUAUAAGAUAAUAGCAGACGGACAAGAAGAUGCUCUUGAUAUAUACUCUCGUCCGGGGCUCACUGGUCUGUACAGCGGAAAGGGUCCCAUUCUGGACGAGUGGGAAAUCUCAACCGAUGAUGUCAUCGUCGACGAGCUAUUGGGGGAGGGGGCAUUUGGAGAGGUGUACAAGGGGGUGAUACGAGGACCGCUCGAGAAUCCAAAGAUUUCGGCUGUCCUGAGGCAGGCUAUUGGUGUCCCUGUUGCCAUCAAGCUUCUCAAGACAACGUCUGCCGGGAAAGAAAAGGCCGACUUUCUGGCAGAGAUUGACAUGAUGAAAAAGAUAGCCGAGGGGUACAACACCCACAUUGUCAACAUGGUGGGCUGCGUCACACUCCAGGAGCCCCUCUGCCUCAUCACCGAGUUCAUUCCCUAUGGAGAUCUCCUCUCCUACCUCAAACACCAGAGGAAGAAGCGAUCAGAGGCACGCAGGAGAGAGAAACUGCGACAGCAACAGGGGUUAGAGCACGGGCAGACAAACGGAGGAGGAGAGUCGUAUGAAAUCAUGAUUACACCAGGAACACAGCAAGGAGGAGGAGGAGGAGGAGAAGGAGGGGGAGGGGGGUACGAAGUGAUGACACCUGGAGGAGACACUACUACUACUGGUGGUGGUGGUGAAGAUGCAUACGAUGCUCCCAUACUUCCAAGCCCUGCCCCUUACCUGGAGACUCCAAAUGCCUAUUCCCACCUGGAACCCAAGACGACAGAAGAUCCUCAAACCCCAGAAGAAGACCACAGUCAAUACAAGGAUCUCGGCGACAUUGAACCUGAUGACCUCAUUCGAUUUGCCUACCAGAUUGCCAGUGGGAUGGAGUACCUGGCCAGUUUGAGCAUUGUCCACCGUGACCUUGCCUGUCGUAAUGUCCUCAUUUCCAAAGACAAACUGCUGAAGAUCACUGAUUUUGGCCUGUCUCGCGAAGUCCAGGAAGUGUAUGUAAAGAAAACUCGAGGUCGCCUGCCUCUGAAAUGGAUGGCUAUUGAGAGUAUCACUGCCCGUGAAUUUACCACUGCUUCUGACGUAUGGGGCUUUGGAGUCGCUCUCUACGAAAUUGGAACAAUUGGAGGGUUCCCCUACCCGUCAAUCAAUAAUGAAGACCUCCUCAGAAUGCUGAGUCAGGGAUACCGUCUUGAAAAACCUGACAACUGCUCUGCUGAAGUGUAUGACCUGAUGCUACAUUGCUGGCAGGAGGACCCACCAGAUCGUCCAUCCUUCUCACAGCUCCGUUCCCAAUUCAGUGCCAUGCUCCAGGCUGGCUCUGCCGAGGAGUACAUUGACCUCCAGAUUAACGAAGAGGCCCCCUACUAUCAGAUGAGAGACGAGGACAGGAGGGAGAGGAGCGACUCGGCCAGCUCUGAGAGCUCAGAGGGGAGCAUCGAUAGCCUCACCAAAGAAAAGAUUCCGAAGGAGAAGAAGAAGGUGAAGCGAAAGAGGACCAACCCCUACGUCUCCACUCCACAACAGCAGCAACAAAACCAGCAGGAGGGAGGUGAAGAUGGGUAUAUACCAAUGGAGAGUGCAGGAUCUGCUCUGGAUGAUCGCCCGGUUCAGUUAGGAAUCCCCAUCAGCCAGCUGAUGCCCGCCAACGAUAACCAGCCCACCCCGGUCAACGAGGUUGAGACACCGCUCGAGAAUCGCAGGACCAACCCUUACGUCACCGAGCCUUCCGAGGUUGCAGACGGGAGCCUCGUGGCGUCCUCCGUGCCCCUGGUCGUUACCACUGAUGGAGUCAUGACUGUACGCGACUCAGUCAUGGAGCUCACAGAAUCCACUCACCUCUAGACUUGUCUCUGGGACAGACACACAAAAAAAACAAAGUCUAUUGUCUAUAUCAGUGUCCAUAUUUACUUUUUGUUCUGUUCCCUCAUUUUUCAUGCUUAGAUAUUUUUCAUUUGUGUGUAUUACUCAUUGAUAUUAUAAAGAUGGGCACUGGUCUUCUUUAGUGGUUGAUAGGUGAAUGUAGUUGAUCUCCCAUACAACCUUUUUCUAGUAUAAGUAUACAGGUGCAGCUCAAUAAUGAUGAGCAAAGAAAAUGAUAACAUGUUGUAUGUGUUAUAGUUGACUAGAUCAGAUCAAAAGUUUAUCAAAACUGCAUUUACUAAUAAACCGGCGAUUGCAACACCAACCAAGAAAUCCUGUGUAUCGAUCAGGUACGUCUGCAUGCACCUUAGCAGUGUUACCGUGUCAUUCACAGUUAUUAGAGACGGUCAUGUCAACUUUCCCAGCGGAUGUUUUCGUUUUUCUUCUGCCGCCACUGUCCUCCUUGCCCAUGAACAUCACCAAACACCGAGCUACCUGUAUACACAGGUCUCGGGUUGACAACCGGACGCACAGCCGCUCUUAGUCACACUUUCGAAACUUCUUCAGUUGAUGUUGUUGAUGCAGGGAAAAUGCGACAGCAUUUCUGUGU